AUGAAGAAGUCGAAGACAUCAAAUGUCAUUUCAACCAUAUCUCAGAAACGACUGAAUGAGAUUCAUGGAUAUUUUGCACGCCAAAAUGGAAUUAGACAGGAAACACAUGAAAAUGGGACCGCAUUAGGAUCAUUAGGGUUAAGGUCAAAGCCCUCAGACAAUGAAGCCAUUAUAGAUUCCGUCUUAAAAGAUGUCAUUGACUUAAACCGUGAUAAACUCUCAGAAUCAUCAUUGGUAAAGGUCCUCACUUCAGUAUAUCUAGACGCGAAAUCAAAGCUUGGGGCCGAUGUGUCACAGGAUACAACACAGCAGAGCUUGGUUCGCAUCUCCCAGAAUGCUGCUAAAAUUCCUUUAGAUUCGAAGAUGCCCGAUCCAAACAGCAAACGAAACCAAUGUGACAUGUCAGCCUCAGACAAAAACAAACAUCAGUGGAAUGAAGAUGUAGCUAACUUGUCAACUUCAAUUACUUACGACUUAUGGAAUAAACAACCUGAUUGUUUGAAUACACAUGAGUUUCGUAAAUUAGAAGCUUCAAAUAUUCUUCCGGAUACUAAAGUUGAUUUCCCAAUCGGCAAAUCUAAUCCCGAGUCCACAGAAAAGCUUUCUAGUCCCAACACAAUUAACAACAAUCGAAUGGGUAAUGUCCCUGCUCUUACUCCCAUGGCUUUUGGUUCCGGACAAGAUUCUCACUUAUCAAAACAGGAAGAGAAUCGUCGACAGUGGAAGGCUGCAUUAGAUGAACAACUAAAAGAACAGCAACUUAUGCGAGGCAAAAAUCCUCAGGAACUACAAAAGGAGUGCGGAUUCAAUAAAAUUUAUUCAGGAUCUUCUUCAAGUAACCGGGGACAUUGCGACAACUCAACUGCAUUUCAUGAAUUAAGUACAUCAAACAACCAGUUUAACAGCGCAUUGGCAUCACAUCCUUCGGCUAGUCAUUUUAUGUCAUCAGGUUUCUUUUUACCUGAUUCAACUGUUACCAACAGUUUCCAACCAUCCCCUGGAAAAAAAGAUAAUCUUAAUCAACCUUGGAAAGUUGGUUUUAAUCGUGUUCGAGGUUUUACUCAACAGCUGUAUACAGAUUCUUUGGAAUCCGCUGAACGUGCGCGACUUGCUCACGAAACUAGAUUGAUAAAUUUGAAACAGAUUGAAGAAAAACGUCGUCUUAAAGAAGAAGAAAAAGCAAGACUCCUCAUGGAAGAGAAAAUGGAAGAAGAACGUAUCUCACGUGAACGUCUUCGUUUACAACAAAUGGCCGAGGUUGAAAAUGCUCGAAAGAUAGCAAAAGAUAUGGAAGAAUUUCAACGUACACAAUACUUAUAUGAGUCACUUGUUCGCGCUCAAGAAGAAGCAAAACUGUCUAAAAUUCAAAAACAUCCAUGUCAUUCUGAAUUAAAACGAAACAGGGAUUCAUUAAGUCAACAAUCCGUCAUACAGUCUGAAUUACUUGCCCCAUAUUGGUCUGUUGCAUCCGUUGUUGAAAAACAGAGUCAAAAUAAUCCAUUGUAUGUUUUCCUAUCUUCAUCAGGUUGUAAUGCGCCAGAUUCUGUUGUAUAUCCUAAGAAUUCAUUUGCUGUUCAAACUUCGUUUCCUGAAAAUAUCGGCAUUCAAACAGAAAACUUCGAAUCAACUAAUUCGAAAGACAAACAAGUUUCGAAUAAUCCAGCUUCGAAAAAUCAAAAUAAUGGCACUAUUGCUCAUAAAAUAAAACCCAGUGACAACAAAUUAGUAAAGAAUAGCCCAAGUAAAAUGUCUGUAUCUGUAUCAACUCAGCAAAACCUACAGUCUCGACAAAAUAGAUUAACUUCGAAUAAUAAGCCUACAAAUAAUAAUAAUAAUUCAGUUAAUAAUAGAACAAAAGUAUCACAACUCCUAAAAGGUAAACAAACUUCGAAAUCUCAAUCUUUUAAUUCUGAUUCAUAUAAUAAUAAUGAUGACUUUUCUAAAUCAGCCAAUGAACGAUCGAAAUUAUCAAGCAGUAAUAGCGCACAAACAAUUAAUUCAUGUACCGGUACGAAUAAGUUCGAAAGAUCUGUUCAAGAUGGAAGUAGUACGAAAUCACGUAUUCCUAUACCGAUAUCUACAGCCUACAGUAUAUCGUCAACUUCAAUGCCAAAACAUCAGGUUUCCACUGUUAACACUGAGUCUCCAAAUAAUACUACAUUUCUUAAUCAUGAAAAUCCUUAUGGGCCUGUGGAUCUUAUUCGUACUUAUGAUGUAUUGAUUCCGAAUGAUGGAAAUAUCAUAUUGCCUGUCGGCUAUGAACCUGGUGCUGUUGAGAAUACUAGAAAAUCAGAAGGCAAAGAUUCACUUCGAAAUCCGAAUACAAAACAUGAGCGUUCAAUUACCCGACAAGAUACUAUCUUACAACAGUUAUCAGAAAUUCGUAAGGGUUUACAACUACGUCAAAUGUUGUGUGAAUCAGGUACUUAUGAAGAUGAUAUUAAUGAUUGA